UUCGCUGCGCGGUGGAUGCUGGGACACACAGUAGUUACAAGAUGGCGGCGAGCAGGAGGCUGUCCAAGGAGCUUGAUGAGAUUCGCAGAUCUGGAAUGAAAAACUUCAGAAACAUUCAAGUGGAGGAAUCAAACCUAUUGUCAUGGCAAGGGCUCAUCGUUCCUGACAACCCUCCCUAUGACAAAGGUGCGUUCAGGAUUGAAAUCAUUUUCCCCACUGAGUACCCCUUCAAGCCCCCCAAGAUCACAUUCAAGACAAAGAUCUACCACCCCAACAUCGACGAGAAGGGCCAGGUGUGCCUGCCGGUGAUCAGCGCAGAGAACUGGAAACCUGCCACUAAAACUGACCAAGUCAUCCAGUCCCUGAUCGCCCUGGUCAACGACCCCCAGCCCGAGCACCCCCUGAGGGCGGACCUCGCAGAAGAAUACUCAAAGGACCGUAAAAAAUUCUUGAAGAACGCUGAAGAGUUUACAAAGAAACACGGAGAGAAACGGCCAAUGGACUGAUCCCUGAGGGUCCCGGAGCCCUGUCGCUGUCUCUCUCUCUCUCCUCCUCUCUAUCUCACCCCUCCUCCUCUUCAAACAGUUACCCAUCAUCCUCUGGCCCCGCCCUGCUCACCUGCCUCACUCACCCAGCCCCCCCCCCCCCCCCACAUUAGUCCCCGGCCCCCGCCCUGCCCAGCUGAAGCCCGGCAGCAGCAGCAGCCUCUGACCCCGACCCCCCAGGACUCUCUGUGGAUCAGACAGCUCCCUCCCCCUCCUCCCCCCUCAUUUCUAACUUUCUACUCUUUCUUAAUGUGAAGCAGCGAAGUAAGGGAAGUCUGAUCUGUUCCUCACUCAUCCAUACGUUUGCUCAUUGAUCCAUCGAUUAUCACACACCAGGAGAGUCAUGGGUUCUUUUCUGUUCAGGAUGCCCCUGUUAGCUGGAGCCUCGGUCUCUGCUAGUCUUCCUGGGGUCAGCACUCAGAAUAAAGUCAUGUAGAGGCGUUCAGGUGUUUGAGUCCAUGAUGAAGCGCUGCAGUCGUCACGUUUAGAACAUGACAAACAGCCAGAACACAGUUUCAAGCCUCCGUAGGUUCUCUUUAGUUGUAAUGUGGUUUCAGCAGACUGGCAGGUUGGUAACAAUGCUGCAGAAGAAGAAAACAUUGGUCUCUAAGCAUGACAUCGUCCUCACAUUCACGCCAUGACUCAGCGAGUUUAUUUGACCUUUACCACUCAGACACAACGCUGUUAAAACCUGAUAAAUGAGAGAAAAAUCCAGAAAAUCAUCUGUUCACAUCUCCUUUAAUGGGUUUGAGCCUUCAGCACCAGCUGCAUGUUAGCGCCCCCUGGUGUUUCCUCAUUACGCUCAUUUUCUCCUCUUUGAUUCACCGAAACGAUGUGGACAUGGACUGAUGAUGAUGAUGAUGAUGAUGAUGAAGCCGUGGAUGUCGGCGUCCCCAGUAGAAUCAGAGCCCUUCACCACACCGAGACAGAGUGGACCGCCGGCCGCCCAGCUGAGAGGGAGCGAGGGUGGGGCGAGGAGCGGCGGGCCGAUGAAGACGCCAGCUCGGCUCCUGGAGUGGUCCGAGCACGUUGAAGGCAGCUGGGAGAGGGCGGGGCUGUGCGGGGUUGUGUCAGGACACGGGAAGGGACUUCAAUGGCCAAAAAAAAAAAAAAAAAAAAAAAAAAAGAACCAACCACCAUGUAACCGCUGUUUGAUCUGCUCCCAAAUAUGGUUUCAUAAUAAAGAUGGCUGACUAUUGGCCUCACUGUC